UUUCUGAUCAUGAGCAUCCAGUCGAUUAAGUUUUAAUAACUCUUGUUAACUCAGGUAAGCCAGGUUUACAAAUAAGGGAUAUUAAUGGCCAUUGGAUGCUUGUAUCGCUAUGGACGCUGGUCUCUCAUGCCCGGCAAAUCUAAGCGGUUCGGAGAUGAGUGCAGCAGGUCACGGAAUUGAAGCUCCAAUACUUGUGGAUGACUUUAUGCAAACAAGGCACCGAUUGAACAACUUCAUAACUGGAAAAUCCUACUCUGAAAUGAGGAAUUCGUUUCACUGAUCCAUGUUUUGGUAUGAAUAGUUGAGUACACAGAGUAUAUUACUAAACUGGGAGAUACUCUCGCUGAGUUACUGUCAGAGGCUCUUGUGCUGAAACGAGACCACCUCAAAGGCAUGGAUUGUACAAAAUUCUUAUCAAUCCUAGCUCAGUAUUAUCCUGCAUGCCCAGAACCAAAACUAACUCUGGGUGCACGUAAGCAUACAGAUCCAACUUUUUUCACUGUUCUUCUCAAAGGCCAAGUUGAAGGCCUCCAAGUGUUUUACAAAAAUCAGUGGAUUACUGUCAAGCCUCUCCCUGGAGCUUUAUUAACGUGGGUGAUCUUCUGCAGAGUAGUUUCAAGUGGGGUUGGACCAAGGAAAUCUGUGGCUUCACUUUUUGCAACCAGUUUUGUCAAAUCUACAAAGCUUCCUAUUGAGGAACAACUUCAUAACUGUCAUCAGAUCGAUCGAUGAAAUGCUGUUACGGGAUCUCUGAAGCCAUCGGUGAAAGAGGAGGAAGCCAGAAUACAAGUUGUAAACCACUGCCACCGUCAAAGAGGUUGCGUCUUGAGGCUCAAAGAAUCCUCAAAGAACGAGUUCAGGAAAUAGCAGACAAGAAAAGGCAUUAAGCUGAAGUUUUGCAGCUUGAAGCAGCGUGAAAGUCACAUGCAGAGCCAAGAUAGAUAGAUAGCCCUUGUGAAGGAGGCAUAGGGAUGAGGAUUGGAUGGCUGCCAGAGGUUUCAUAAUGAAACUUUCAUUCGUCCACUCCAUCCCCAUGCAUGACUUGCACCAAAGCUUGGUUUUGUUGUACGGACCUGGUUGGACGGCUUCCUAGGAUGUGCAAUCAACAAAUAAGGCAAUGCUACUUUUCGUUACUGUCGACUUUCUGAAUACAAAAGGGAAGACUGAAUUUAGUUGAUUAUUGUAUGCUUUUUCUUUCACUGGUAAAAGUUUGUUUGCUUUGAAACCUUUCAAAAUGAAUUGGAUAACAGUGACAACCGCUCUUGUAUGCAUAAUUUGCAGGAAUAUAUAUAUAAAGGAGCCGCAUUUUGCAGAGUAAUCAAAAGAACUGGAGUUGCAUGUUCUUCCAUUACCGUGAUUUCUACUGUAUGUUUGCCAUCAUUAUCCUAGAUUUUGUAAUUUGUACGAGCAAUUGAAAAUCUGGAAGAGAU